ACACUGAAUUUGUUUGUUUUUAUUUUGCCUUGAUUGCAGUCAAACAAAGGAAAGAAUAAAAACAAGUGCAAAUGUUUACAACAUAUCGGCUUUUUAAUACAAAAUUGUAAACGAUUAUUUUUAUUAAUGGUAUUUAAAGUCAUUCAGCUUUAUAAACACACUCUUCAUAACGUAGUUCUGAAUUCUGCAAAUUACAUAAAACAAUUGCAACUUCAUUAUACAACGCGCAAAUACUCUGCAACAAUGAAAUUCUUAACACAAACUGAAGCAAUCAAAAUUGAUGAGGAAUUAUUCAACGAAUAUAAAUUUAGUGUGGAUCAACUCAUGGAAUUGGCCGGGUUGAGCUGUGCUCAUGCUAUAGCCAAAUGCUAUCCAACUGAAUGCUUCAAACGAGUGCUAGUAUGCUGUGGACCGGGAAACAAUGGCGGAGAUGGAUUAGUUUGUGCCCGACAUUUAUCUUUAAUGAAAUACGAGCCAACAAUUUAUUAUCCCAAAAAGACUGCAAAACCACUAUAUGAAAAUCUAAGCCACCAGUGUAAAAGUAAUGGAAUACCAUUCCUCCAUUCAGAUCCCACCCUUGAAAGUACAAAUGAUGACUUUGAUUUAAUUAUUGAUGCACUAUUUGGUUUCAGCUUCAAACCGCCCGUGCGAGAAACUUUUAUUCCUAUUACUGAGAUUCUUCAAAAUACUAAAACUCCUAUAGCAAGCAUUGAUAUUCCAAGCGGUUGGGAUGUAGAAAAAGGCAAAAUAAGAGAAGAAGAUUUCGAACCAGAUCUCUUAAUAUCCCUAACGGCUCCAAAACUGUGCGCUAAGUUGUUUAAAGGCAAAUACCAUUAUUUGGGAGGACGAUUCGUACCGCCUACACUCCAGGAAAAGUAUCAACUCAACCUACCAGCGUAUAUCGAUUGUAAUUUGUGUUUAAAAUUGUAGUUCGAUAACAAAUACAAAAUAAAAGAAAUGAAGUUAUUUUUUAAAAUCCAAUCUA